UUUUCGACUUGUUUGUCUUUCUAAGCGAGUCUAAAUGAAAAACUUUAUUUUUGCAACUACUGCGAAGAGCAAUGAAUGACUUUCUAAGUCUCAGUAAGUCUCUUUUCAAGUAGAGGCACUUACGUAGUUCUAGUCCUCUAAGAACUUCUUAAGAGGUAAGUAUCACGUAGUCUAGAACAAAACUGAGUUUUGAAAAAAAUAUGACGGGAGUCGAGCUGACUGAAGAAGAAGCGGACAGACGUUUCGCAAAAUUUGAUCCGACGUCGUUAGCCGCUCUGCAGGAUCGUCUCCAUACGCACCUUGUGACUCGAGGUCAACAUACACAGAGCUGUACAACAAACAAGCAAUUGAUGUCGUACCAAGUAACUACAUCUUCAAAUACAACAUUGGAGGGUAGGACUUCAACUUCAACAUUGGGUAGGACAUCUAUUAAUCAAGAAACUACAUCUACAUCAGCAUUGGGUACUAGGACUGCUCGUCCUCCACCAACAUCUUCUUCUUCUAGUAGUCUUUGUCCAGCAACAGCAUCUAGAAGUAGUCCACCUCUUGCGCCAGACGACCAGCUACAUCAACAGGCUAAAAAUCUUGCUCAGCCGCGACAAAAUGCAGCUAAAGUCAGCUGUAGUUCGUGUACACCCUCCUCUGCAACGAGUUCUUCGAACAUGCAGAUGCCUCCACCUCCACCUACAACGUCCUCGUCAACAAGUUCUGUACAAAUGAGUCCUAAUUUUAAGCCCAACCUCUUCCGUUCCGGACCAGCGGAAAUCACGCGUGUUGCAGAGGCGCUAGUCGACUGCAAUACGUUGCUUAUUGCAGCAGGAGCCGGCAUGGGGAAAGACUGUGGCCUGCCGACUUACGACGAAUACGGCGAUACACAUUUGGUACUUCUACCCAUAAUACAAUCUUUUUUUUUUCGUCGUUAGGUACAGCGGUACUAUUGUAAUGCUCCAGCACAAGCAGUUUGAAGAACUUGCAAUUGAAUCUGCACAAACACAUUCUAAUGAAUCAUAGGUCAUAUCCUCAACAAUACUUUGAAAGCUGCUCUCAGCCAACUCGAUGAGGAGUGGUGGUCUCUAUCGUCCUUUGAGGUAGAAGAUGACCGUUUAUGUUUACUAUACCACGACUAAGAAGUAAAACUGCGGUCCCUAAGAAACAGGGUUUCUCUAAGAAACAGGGUUUCUCUAAGAAACAGGGUGCCUUCCAUCAUUUUUUAUCCUUGCAAUGUCGCAAAAGGCGUUGCGUGGUAACUCGAGUCUCAUGCAAACAGUUUCACUCCCUCAUCAACCUAGAGUGUCGCAGAAGGGCUUCCUAGGAGAAAUCCUACUAUAAUCAAUCUAUAUUCACUACAAGUAGCAACUCUCUCCUUCUUAUAAAUAUCUCUCCUAGUUAGGACGGCUGGUAGACUACCAUUAUUAUAUUAUAACAAGUAGCGACUUGUUCACAAACACAAUCUAGUAAAAAUGUCAUUGUCAAUUCUCACCUCAUCAAGAACUUUAACAACUUCAGGUGAAAAACUACGACUAUUCUCUCCUCUGCUCUCCUUACGUGCGGAAUAACGACUAUGAGGCUUUUAGGACGUUUUGGGACGGUUGUCGGGAUCUCUACAGUCGCACUGACGCGCAUGCUGGCUACUCGGUUCUCGAGUCUUGGCUUAAGCGGCAUCCGCGUGAUGGAGUUUCUACACCUAGUAGGUCAACACCUAGUUCGUCUUUUUCGAAGCUUCAGACGAAGGUAGCAGGGGAUUCGACGAUGAAGAUGAAGUCUCAGACCUUCUCUGCAAAAGCAGCAGGAGGAGAGUGUGGAGAAACUACUACGAAAGCAGGAAAAAUAGCAGGAGUAGGAGCAGAAGUAGGUGGAGCUUAUUUUUCCAAUCUUCAAACAAGGAUAGAGAAUCAUCAUGGACCUUCUUUUUCUUCGAGUCAGAACCUAAUUUUCAUGGAAGAUGACAGCAGUAGAAGUAGCCUCGGAGCGCCUCUUCCCCCACAGCGACUGAGCAACUGUUCUUCCCCUAGUCUGUCCUCUUCCUCGUCGAACAGGCAGAUUCCUCGAAAAGGACAAACUUCCUCUUCCUCGAUGAAAACGACACGGAAAAACCACGGAAAGAUGUCUUGCGCGGCAGGAACUUCUUCUAUAGGAACAUCGACUACGCACCAACUUCCUUUGCAAGUUUUAGGUGGAGCAGGAGUCUCAAGAACUACAUCAGGACGAGGACCCUUGCAGAUCCCUAACCACUACGUGUUCACGAGCAACGUAGAUGGGCAUUUCCGCAGGUUUCCGCGUCUCGCGAAACGACUUGCUGAAAUCCAUGGCUGUUGCGACGACUCGAAGUGGCAGGACGUUGAAGCAGAUGCGCCAAUCGAUCCCUCGGACGCAGCGGAAGUUGUUCUCAAUGCGAAAUGGCAUGAAGCCGCUUCAACUAGUACUGGCGCAUCAAGAACGUGCUCUAAAACUCCAAUAGAGCAGCAGGAGACAGCAACAUUGAGUCCAUUAUUAGCGGACGUGACAAUGAGCACAUCUGCCACAGGGCUGACACCUUCUUCUUGCGACGAAGAUGUGGAUCACAUCAUGGAUGUUCAACAAGAUGUGGCUGGAGAAAAGAGCCAGGGAGUGAAAACCAAAACUUCCCGUCGCAUCCGUCGUCCGCGUGUAUUAAUGUUCGCCGAUGACGAUGAGGAACUGAUCCAGGACUUGUUCGCCACAGCCUUCGAGCCCUACCAGUCGUGGGAGUGCAAGAUGGAGAAGGAUCGGAAAACGAGACUCGUGAUCCUCGAAAUCGGGUGUGGGCAGAGGGUGCCGACAGUUCGGAAAGAGUGCGAGGAAGUGUUCAACGACUUCAACGAGUGGUACGGAGGCAACAGGCCAGUCCUUCAUGUCCGCAUCAAUCCAGGAGAAAACUCCACCUCUGCUUCAUCUACAACUUCUGAAGAAGCAAGUAAUAUGGAAACUUCAAGAAGUGUGAUGAACGCGGAUUCCUCAUCAUGUGGAGGUGGACAUGCUCAUGCAGGAUUUCAUCAUGAUCACACAAGUGGCACAGGAGGAGUCCCCACAACAACUUCUUCUACCACCACAACUUCUAGCACCACUUCUGGCUUGUUCCUCGAGAGACACCAUCAACAUCAUAGCGAAAGAGAAUCAAGAAACUACGUAACUACUGCCAACAUUCUGGAUGGUGUCUGCAAUUUGAACGGAACUCUGUCUUUCUCAGAGGGCGGCGGCUUGCUGCUAGGCGAGGGGCGCGUCCCGGGUCUGGCCAAGACGACCUCCUACCGAUCUACCUCCUCUUCCUCACAAGAACUCUCUUCGGGUCUAAGCUCCACCUUCUCGGUCCCCUACGACCGCGAGGAGGACACCUGCGACUCGACUACCUCCACAGGAGGAGGUGCGUUCGGAACUGACGGAACUACAAGCAAUGAAAAUGAUAGAACUAGACUCUCCACGGAGAAGGACGUCUUCAGCACUUGCACUGGAGGUGACGGAGACUUUCAAGGUGACGCGCAUCAUACUAGUAGGCAGCAAAUAAAGCAAGAGGAACUAUUAACUAUUUCUAAGAACUCCAACAUUAACUACACGAAACCCAGUUCCACUGCUAAGUCGGGAUUCGUUCUCUUGAAUCAUGGAGGGGCUAGGGAAUGUCUAGAGCAAUUGGACUACGAAGUUCGUCGCAUAGUAGCUCAACGUGUGGCACGUAAUGGCACUAGACGCGGGAUACGACAUUGACUUGAUUGAUGUUGACAAUUGUCAAGGACCAAGACGCGGCCGAAGAUGAUGAUGACAUUGGCUUUUUUUAUAAUGUUGACAAUGGUCAAGGAGCACGACCAGUCUCAUCAUUUCCGAUACACUCCGUUUGCAAAUUUUUGACCCCAAAGAAUUGAACCGAUAUCAUUCACCAACGCUCUGAAGACCACACACGCCCCUUCUUUCGCCAUUCCCAAUACCCCGAUCUCAAAAGCGACAACUCAACAACACCAUAUACGCGCGACUUUUUGUUUAAAUCUAUGGAAAUCAAGAUCCACGAAGUGAAGAGGAAGACCUACAAU